AUGAGGAUGCAAAAGGAUAGGUAUAUAUUUAGAAGAGAAGAGUGUAGGAGGAACUAGAUAGAAAGUUUAAAAUUAAAUAAAUUUUUAAUAAAGUUUCUCAAAAGAAUUGAUUAAGAAUGCCGGACAAGAAUAUUAUAUGUCCAGAUUUUAUGAAAUUUCAAGACACACUCAAGAAAUUACGUGAAAUUGAUGAUAAAAUCAUUUAUGCAUUAAAUACAAUUAUUCCAACGGAAUCGUUUAGGGCUCAAGUGGAUCCAACCACCAAAUGUCAACAGUUUCAUCAAGAAUUAGAAAAUGGACGAAUUAAUAGACAAAAUUUAAUACAGAAUUGUAUGCAAUAUACAGCGGAGCAAGUUAAACGAUUUAGGGAUGAAAAAAAGGCUGAUGAAAAUAAUAUUAUUGUUAAUAAAAAACUACGCGCUGAACAAACUAAGUUACGUUUAUUAGAACAAGAAAUCAAUGUUGAAGAAGUAGUUGGUCAACGAUCCAAGAAAGUGUUCCAUGAACGGUGCAGGUCAUACUACACACCUGUAGGUACUGAUACAGAUACAGUGAAUCCUAGUGAUUUAAAGUUUUAACAAGAUAGAUACCUGGUGACCUGCUGCUCCACCACUCACUCAUGGUUGGAUUGAUAUUGAUGUAGUGUUUUUUUUUUAUAAAAUGUUUAGCUAAGUUGUUAUAAAUCGUAUAUUUGUACAUAUUUUUAUGGAAAAAUAUAAACGUUUUUCAUC